UCUCUCUUUUAGCAUCAUGGGUAAAAGAAAGUCAAAUAGAAAGCCUCAAAAGAAACUUAAAGAGAAGCUUGACACAACUUUCAACUGUCUCUUUUGUAAUCAUGAAAACAGUAUUGAUUGUAAAAUUGAUCAACAAAACAAAGUGGGUAUCUUGACUUGUAAAAUAUGUGAUGUCAACUGGCAAACUACGAUCACAUACUUGGAUGAACCAGUGGAUGUUUAUUCUGCUUGGAUUGAUGCAUGUGAAGAAGUAAAUCGACAAAAAAGACUUCAAGCCCAAAGAGCAAGGACACAAAGAAACAAUUCUCGAUCUCCUUCACCUGUGCGUCAAAAUUACUCGAAUCAAUUAGAUCCAUUUGAUGAUGAUGAUGAAGAAGAAGACGAAGAUUAUUAGAAAAAUAAAAUAAAAUAAAUUG